UAUGAUAUAUAAACUACGUGGACAGUCUUAUGUGUACACCUAAUAGUAGUUUGGUUGAUCAUUUUCAUAUAAAAAUCGAAUAACCUACACAGCGAUUUCAGAAAGGUAAUUUCAGCGCGCGCUAAAUAAACCAUCGUACACGCCUGCAGUACAAAGUACUAACGUUAAUAACAAGAAUGGCGAAAGGAAUGUAUUUAGAGCAUUAUUUAGACAGCAUCGAGGGACUUCCCUGCGAGUUGCAGAGAAACUUCUCAUUAAUGGAGGAUUUAGAUAAUAGAACUGAAGUUACAUUCUUACUGUUGUUCACAGAGAAAAAAACAGAGAUAAGUGAACUAGCUUCUGAGUAUGUUGCAAAGGUUAGAAAUUUGGCAUCCGAGGAGCGUGCCCAGCAUUUAAAGAAGAUUGAAAAUGCCUACAACAAAUGCAAAGAGUACAGCGAUGACAAAGUUCAGCUUGCAAUGCAGAUUUAUGAAAUGGUGGACAAACACAUUCGGCGGUUGGAUGCUGAUCUUGCACGCUUUGAGAAUGAUCUGCAGGAGAAACUGGACACGGGAAGCAUGGGUAGCUCAGAUGAGAAGCAGUCGCGAAAGGAUAAGAAUAUAAAAGACAAGAGGGGAUCCCAUGGAAGAGACAAGAAAGGAUCAGAUCAAGACUCACCCAAGCAGAAAAAGCAGAAAACUGGUGCCAACAUAAGUGAAUCUCUGCUUGCCAUGCACCCAUCAGAUGUCCUGGAUAUGCCAGUGGACCCUAAUGAGCCCACAUACUGUUUGUGUAGUCAAGUAUCAUAUGGAGAAAUGAUUGGAUGUGACAAUUCUGAUUGUCCAGUAGAAUGGUUUCACUUUGCUUGUGUCGGCCUAACAACCAAACCAAAGGGAAAAUGGUACUGCCCACGAUGCACCCAAGAUAUGAGAAAAAAAUAGUCUACUUCUACAAUGCAUCCUGAAUCAAAUGUCCAGUUGUUACAACCUAUUCAAAUGGAAAUCAAUUAACCUUUUAUAAAAGUGCCUUUGCUAUGUUGACCAUCAUGAAUGUAACAGGGAAGAAUAUUAAAUGCAUUUUCCAGUUGGUGCCAGCA